AUGGAGACCCUUGAAGAAAUAUCCACAGACAAAGCUCCUGAAACACCCAAGCAGACUUCUGACUUGACAUAUGAAGCCCACCAGAUUAUGACCAAGGAGAUUCUGUCAACCAAGACCAGGAGCUACCUCAGAAAGUCCAAGAAAUCGGAGAACACCCUCAACCAGAUCACCUUCUCCCUGGGCAUGGGCAGCUUCUGGCGCUUCCCAUAUCUGUGCCACAAGAAUGGAGCAGGCAGUUUUGUCCUGGUCUACAUCUUCAUGCUGUUGCUGGUCGGGAUCCCUCUGCUGUGCAUAGAGAUGAUCAUGGCUCACUGGCUCCAGGCAAACAACAUCCAGACCUGGGUGCAGCUUGUGCCUUCCCUGGGAGGCAUCGGCUACAUCAGCAUGCUGAUCAGUUUCUUCAUGUCCUGUUGCUACAGCAUCCUGAUCACCUGGAACUUCUUCUACCUGAUCAACUCCUUUGACUUCCCUCUGAUCUGGGAGCAAUGCACGCCGGGCCUCAACAAAACGAAUCCUGACCUCGCUUGCCUUCAGACCGUGUCCCCAAACUACUUCUGGUACCAGAACGUGCUGCGUGGCACCGACUACAUAGAGACUGGGGUCCAAGUCCUGGUCUCGCACCUUCUGCUGCUCAACUUAGCCAUCUGGAUCUUCACAUACUUCAUGAUGAUCUUCCAGAACCGGCAUUCAGUGACUAUGCAGAUUUUCUCCCUCUUCUUCCUCUUCUUCAUCCUCCUCUGCCUCCUCAUCCGAGGGUUCUUCCUGGGAACCAGCAUCUCUGGCUUCAGCCGCCUGAUGACCACCAAGGAGACCUGGUUCUCGAUGGAAUUGUGGCGGCACGCAGGAGGGCAUGUGUUAUACUCCCUGGGCCUGGGCCUGGGUGCCAUCAAGAACCCUGUCUUCAAGCCUGUGGACAACAACUACUUCUGGAUGGCUUCCUUGGUGGCCCUGGUCAAUCUGUUUGUCUCCUUGUUGGCCUCGGGCAUCACCUUCAUCAUCCUGGAGUUCUGGAUCACCAAUAGCGGCCAGGCCUGUUUGUCGAACAGUGUCGCCAACUUGAAGCAGCUCAUCAGCAGGCAUCUGCUGCCUGAGAACGCGUUGCCCCCCAAGAGUGUCCUGCAGGGCCCACCCAUGGGCUACAUAGAGUGGGUGCGCAGCCUAAGGUGGCCACUGCAGAACCAGGUGGUACUGUCCGCCCCCUCGUGCAGUGUCAAGACGCUUCCGAACAAGUUCCUGGACAGCCCUGGUCUGGCCUUAGUGACCUUCUCACAGGCCAUCUCCUUGAUGAAGGCCUCUAACUUCUGGGCCAUCCUCUUCUUCCUGAGUCAACUCAUCCUGGGGCUGAACUGCAUGAAGCGCAUCAUAGAGUGUAUCACCGUCCCCCUGCAGAGCUCCUUCUCCAUAACGCUGCAAUACCGCCAUGCCUUCGCGGUGAUCAUGUGCUUGAGCGGGUUCCUGGGCAGCAUGUUCUACGCCAGCCAGUCGGGCAGCUUCAUCUUCCAACUCUUUGACGACUAUCUGAUCCCACUGUGCUUAAUCCUCAUUGUGCUCUUCCAGACGGUGACUCUGGUCUGUAUCUACGGUGUUCACAGAGUCCGGGAACGGCUGUUCUAUGAAAUCGGUCUGAUGCUGUGGCCAUUCUUCACUUGCCUGUGGUCUUAUGUGGUGCUGCCAAUGCUGCUGCUGCUUGUCAUUCUGUCCUUCACUGCCCUCGGCCAGACCCCCCUCUACACGCUCUGGAACAACACUCUGAGCGACGAGGUCGAACAGCCCUACCCGCUGAGGACCUGGGGCUGGUUGCUGAACGUCUUCUUCAUGAUAUUCCUGCCCAUGCCCAUCUACCUGUGUUACCAGUAUGCAAUGCCCUCCUCGGCCGACACAGGGAACACCCAGGAGCAAUGGAGCAAAAUGCCAUCCGUGAUGCUCCACAAGCCCAUGUUGCCUAAGAUCAGCAGGGACGAGUCGGCCAUUCACAGCCUGGGCAACACACAGCAGAUCUCCCAGAGGAGCUUGUGGAGGUCCCGGAGAAACAACUCAUGGACCUUCCGUGGCGGCUCCUUUGUGAAGGGGACCCCGAACUUGUUAGAUCUUCCCCGCACCAUGGCCCACGGCUCUGGCUCCUAUGGUUCCCUCUCCCAGACACAGUCGGGCCAUGUGAGCGCCUCAGACACCCCUUCCAGCAACAUAGCGAGUGAAGAACUCUCCAGAGACAGCUUGCCCAGGGACCAGGGCAGCGGCACAGCUGACAGGAUGAUCCUCAGAUCUCACUUGGAAGCUGUUGCAUCUUGA